AUGUCUAGUAUCUUUACCUAUGGGGCGUAUGGGACGAAUCCUUUGGGCCCGAGGUACGCCAAAAUGGCCACCCAAUCCUCCAAGUGUGGGGCGAAAAACUUCGUCUACACCAAAGUCCACGACGACCCCAUGCCUGGCCCGCGGCAUCACCACCGCCAGAGUGACGUCCCCUGGCGGGAUUGCUUUUCCUGGCAGCGCAUGCGCUGGAUGGUUCACGACUUCCGCAUGUUCGGCCUCCUCGGGGCGAUCCGCAAACACUACUACAUCGGUGAAUCCUGGCGUCGUCGGGAUGAAAAGAUCUUUAUGGGGAAGGAUGAGAAUGGUAAUAAGUAUUGGAUGUCGCGUCGGACGAGUGGCUCGAUGUGGGGUCGUCUGGUGGAGCCGGCCGAUCCGCAUUGGUUUCGCGGCCAAUCCCCGUACACCGGGAGUGCGAUUUGGCUGAAGUGGCUUCAAGGAAACGUCGCCCACACGCCCGCGCAGAUUAAGGCACGUGGGGAGUGGGGUUUGAACUCCCGUGCGGGUAUCCCGAUGCCGUUUAACAUCAAACACGACGACUGGUCUCCUAUCCAUUGGGGAACUUUUUGGUCUCGGGAUCCGAUGUGGGUGCCGGGGGUUGGGAAUCUGAUCAACCCGGAGCGGCGGGUUCUGCAGGAGGCCGGCUUUACGCGUUGGGUGCACAACCAGGGUAUGCCCCUCUAUAUGCCCUUCUGCGGCGUGCAUGAUGUAUCCGACGAGCUCGUCGAGGAGUUUUACCGCGGCCAGUGGGCCUUCGGGCGGACGAGUAAGGGUAACGAUCACGACGAUUGGCGAAACUAA